UGCACUGAUCAUGGACUCAGCUAGCAAUCAGAAAAAAGUAUCCAUUGUUGGAGGAGGAUUGGUUGGUAGUUUAAAUGCAUGUUUUUUUGCUAAGAAAGGAUUUCAAGUUGAUCUUUAUGAAGCAAGAACAGAUAUCCGAGCUUCAGAAACUGUUAGUGGAAGAAGUAUCAACUUGGCCCUUUCAUACAGAGGACUUCAAGCACUUAAAGCUGUGGAUCUGGAAGACAAGAUUGUAUCCAAAGGCAUUCCUAUGCACGCAAGAAUGAUUCAUUCCAUAACGGGAAACAAAACUGCUAUUCCGUAUGGGAAGCGUCAUCAGUACAUCCUGUCUGUUGACAGAACCAACUUGAAUAGAGAACUAUUAAAUGCUGCAGAAAAGUAUUCCCAUGUGAAUAUGCACUUUGAACACAAGUUAAAAGACUGCAAUGUUGAUUCUGGAACCAUGACAUUUUUUGGAAGGAUGGGAGAAAUAAUAAAGACAACGAGUGAUUUAAUUGUUGGGUGUGAUGGUGCCUUCUCUAUUGUAAGAAAGCAGUUUAUGAGAAGGUCUCGUUUCAAUUACAGCCAUGUAUAUAUCCCUCAUGGUUACAAGGAACUGACGAUUCCAUCAAAGCAUGGUGAGUUUGCCAUGGAACCUAAUUAUCUUCACAUCUGGCCAAGAAACACAUUCAUGAUGAUUGCACUACCCAACUUGGAUAAGUCUUUCACAUGCACUCUCUUCAUGCCAUUUGAAAACUUUGAAGAACUAAGAACAGAAGAACAAGUGAUAGAUUUUUUCAAGACACAUUUUCCAGACUCCAUUGAAUUAAUAGGAAGGCACAAAUUAAAAGAAGAUUUCUUUCUACUGCCAGCUCAAUCACUGAUUUCAGUAAAAUGCUCCACCUUUUGUAUAGACUCUAAAUGUGUUCUAAUGGGAGAUGCAGCCCACGCAGUGGUUCCUUUCUAUGGACAAGGAAUGAAUGCUGGUUUCGAAGAUUGCCUUCUGUUCUCAGAAUUAAUGGAACAGUACAACAACAACUUUAAUAUCUGUCUUCCUGAGUUUUCAAAGCUCAGAGUCCCUGACGCUCAUGCAAUUUCUGACUUGGCCAUGUACAAUUACAAAGAGAUGCGGGCGCAUGUCAACUCAAAGUGGUUUAUUUUUCGCAAAAUUGUGGAUAAUAUUCUUAACAUUCUAAUGCCUUCUACUUUUAUUCCAUUAUAUUCAAUGGUAACUUUUAGUAGAAUAAGAUACCAUGAAGUGGUGCAACGUUGGAAGUGGCAAAAUAAGGUCAUCAAUACUGGACUUGCAGUGAUUGGCACAGCUGUAUCAUUUGGUGCUGUAUAUCUGAUUGUGACAUACAUCUAGGACUUAAGGAAACCACAGAAAAUAUUUGCAACAUGAAAUAAAAAAAAUAAAUUAUAUUCUUCAGAACACUUAAAGGGACACUGAACCCAAAUUUUUUCUUUUGUG